CGGAGCGGCCAUGGCGCGGGGCGGCGGCAAGGCGGGCAGCCUGAAGGACAAGCUGGAUGGCAACGAGCUGGACCUGAGCCUGUGCGGCCUGAGCGAGGUGCCGGUCAGGGAGCUGGCUGCGCUUCCAAAAGCAACCGUGCUGGAUUUGUCCUGUAACAGCCUGGUUUCCUUGCCGUCAGAUUUCUGCAGUUUGACACACCUGGUGAAACUGGAUUUGAGUAAAAAUCGGCUCCAGCAGCUGCCCGUGGACUUUGGGCGCCUGGUCAGCCUGCAGCACCUGGACCUCCUCAACAACCGUUUGGUCACCCUGCCCGUCAGCUUCGCGCAGCUCAAGAACCUGAAGUGGCUGGAUCUGAAGGACAAUCCCCUGGAUCCUGUUCUAGCUAAGGUAGCUGGCGACUGCCUGGAUGAGAAGCAGUGCAAGCAGGCUGCAGUCAGGGUACUGCAGCACAUGAAAGCGAUCCAGUCUGAGCAGGAUCGAGAAAGGCAACGGAAGCUCCAGGCAGAGCGAGAAAUGGAAAAGAAGCGCGAGGCAGAACAGCGAGCCAGGGAGGCUCAGGAGAGGGAACUGAGGAAGCGAGAGAAGGCAGAAGAAAAGGAACGCAGGAGACGGGAAUACGAUGCUCAGAGAGCUGCAAAACAGGAGGUGGAAAAGAAAACUAAAAAGGAAACUGCGCAGACCCGAAAGCCUGCCUCCAGUUCUCGCGCCCCUCCCCCAGCGCGGCACAAGCACUCGUGGUCGCGGUCGGUGCUGAGGGCGCUGCUGCUGCUGCUGCUCUGCAUCCUCGGCACUGUGGCUGUCUGCAGACUGACAGAGCUUCAGCACCAACCGCUGUGCGUCAGCGUGAGCGCUCUCUACGAAGAUGUAGUUGCUGCCGUGCAGAGCCACAAAACCCUGCAAAACGUGCUGCAGCAGAACUCGCAGCAGUGAUUGUCCUGGAUGGGCGCUUUGUCAGCAUCUCCUUUCACCAUCCACGCAGCUGGAAUUCCUAUGGAAUUGUGUUCUGAUGAAACGCUUUUUACUGUCAGCGUUGAUUUGCUGGUCCUCUCCACGCACAGUAGUUACUGGCGGACCAUCGCUGCUGCGCGCUUCUGUCGGCCGGCCGCUGCCAUCACCUGCCUGCAUUAACUUAACGCUCCUUGCCUCGAGGGAUCCACAGCUAGCUCCUAAGACACAGACAGAUGUCACUUCAUAGGAGUGGGGAAAAAAGUGGCUUUCAGUUAUCAGGUAGUUGUCGCUCUGUAAUGCAGGUGUAAGAUUUUUUUUAAUACGUAUCCAGUUCUUGCUCUCGUUUCUGUUAGUGCUAAAAUUGAUGACGUAGCUGUAUGGGAGUAACAUAGGUAGGCCUGCUCCAGGACCAAUGACGUGUGGAAUGGCUGUGCAUCUGUGUGUGUUGGAGUGAAGGAGCUGAUGUACUAUUGAAAGAAACUGAAAAUUUUCAAUACAACAUUUUUCGCAUCAA